AUGGUUGUGAUAGGAAAGAACACGUUGGUACCAGUCAAACUGUUGGCGAGAGCCCGACCUCCUGACUACCGCACGGGAGUACUCAAAGAAGACCAGGUGAUGAUGACACGACUGAGAACAGGCACCUGUAAACUCAAGUACCACAUCAACACAAAAUUCCGAGUGGAAGAAACUGGAACAUGUGAUUGUGACUGUCGAUCAUUUCCUGCAGCAUUGUCUCCACUACCAGGACCACUACUGGGGUCCCUAUCUGAGCGUUCAAAGAAGAAGAAGUAUUUCUUGGCAUUUGUAUUGCUUGUGCAUAGUGCUGCGCAGAUAUUUUCAGGAACUGACCCGUUACUGUCAAAGAUCCCUGGUUUAGAGAAGUACCCACCGACAGGCCAGUACCCCAAGGAUGACGUGAAACCCGGUCACGCACGCGACCAAUAUCCAACAGAAUACUCAAAUGCCCAGCCACCAGUGUCGCCGCACGCGGACCAACCGUAUGUACCCUCUGACUCGCACCAUGCGGACAACCAGUACCCUCCUAAGAAAACCUACGAUGACUCGAAUAGUGGGAAGCAGUAUCCAACCAAGAACACAUAUGAUGACUCAAAUAAUGAGCAUCAAUAUCCAACCAAAGAAACCUACGACGAUCCACACAAUGGAAACCAGUAUCCACCUAAGAAUACUUACGAUGAUCAAAAUAAUGGAAAGAAAUAUCCACCUAAGAAUACUUAUGAUGAUCAAAAUAAUGGAAAGCAAUAUCCACCUAAGACAACCUAUGAUGACACCAACAAUGGACACCAGUAUACAAAAAAGGAGACCUACAAUGACCCACACAGUGGACACAAAUAUCCAACCAAAGACACCUAUGAUGACUCAAAUAGUGGAAAGCCAUAUCCAACCAAGGAUACAUAUGUUGCACCCCAUAAUGGAAACCAGUAUCCACCUAAAGAUAAAUAUGUAGAACCACAUAAUGGUAACCAAUAUCCACCAAAAGAUAAAUAUGUUGAACCACAUAAUGGUAACCAGUAUCCACCAAAAGAUAAAUAUGUUGAACCACACAAUGGUAACCAAUAUCCACCAAAAGAUAAAUAUGUUGAACCACACAAUGGAAACCAAUAUCCACCCAAGGAUGGCUAUGUACCGCCACACAAUGGAAACCAAUAUCCACCCAAGGAUGUCUAUGUACCGCCACACAAUGGAAACCAAUAUCCACCCAAGGAUGGCUAUGUACCGCCACACAAUGGAAACCAAUAUCCAACCAAGAAUACGUAUGUUCCACCACACAAUGGAAACCAGUAUCCAACCAAGGAUGGCUAUGUACCGCCACACAAUGGAAACCAGUAUCCAACCAAGGGUAGCUAUAUACCGCCACACAAUGGAAACCAAUAUCCAACCAAGAAUACGUAUGUUCCACCACACAAUGGAAACCAGUAUCCAACCAAGGAUGGCUAUGUAUCGCCACACAAUGGAAACCAGUAUCCAACCAAGGGUAGCUAUAUACCGCCACACAAUGGAAAUCAAUAUCCAACCAAGGCUAGCUAUGUACCGCCACACAAUGGAAACCAAUAUCCAACCAAAGGUGGCUAUGUACCGCCACACAAUGGAAACCAAUAUCCAACCAAGGGUGGCUAUGUACCGCCACACAAUGGAAACCAAUAUCCACCCAAGGAUGGCUAUGUACCGCCACACAAUGGAAACCAAUAUCCACCCAAGGAUGGGUAUGUACCGCCACACAAUGGAAACCAAUAUCCAGUAGACCGCCAUGGUACGAAUUACCCACCCAAGAAUGGGUACGGUUAUCCGUCUGGUCAUAACCAGUAUCAGCCCAAGACGAAAUACCCAGACAAGCAUAAUCAAUACGUACCCCAGCAGUACCUUCCAGCAAAUGGCGGCUACAAAUAUCCUAAGAAUGCCCGCCCGAACGGCUAUGGCCAGAAGUAUGUUCCCAGAGAUUCCUAUGAUCAUGUUAAUUCUUACAGACGGCCAACAGGAGGAAAUGGUCCGGCCAGAAACCCAGUCUAUGGUGAUCCAAACCAGCCGUACACGCCAGAGUGCACCAAAUAUAAAUAUAUGUCCAAGGGUUAUCGACUCUCUAGCUCCCAGGCCAGUUAUCCACAAUCCUAUAUCACGGACGAGUUGAAGAGACGCCCAUUCCUGAAGCCGAUAGUCGGUUUCAAGGACACCCAGAAGAAAGCCGCUGGUUUCGCUUUUGGAUUCGAGCCGUACUCCUUUAAUAACGGCGGACUUCUCGACGGGUUCGGGGCAGGAAUUUCAGCCAACAAGGAUUACAGCUACCUGUACCCCGAGAAAGUCUACCCAACAAACUACAAACCAUCUAACUUCAAGCCGACGACCCCAGACGAGUACGCCUGUCCGGCAAAGAAGAACUAUCUGUAUCAUUUCUACCUGUACAACGGCAAGUGUUGGGUCAUCAACCCAAAAUACCAGAUGAUACAGUACAGUCAGUGCAAGUACCCUGCUAAGCCGUGUAAAUACUGCGGCGGCUACAAGACUGGCGACAGCAUGUGCGUCGAAGACUACCGGUGGGUGUCUGUGUGGGUGUAUUGUGAGAAGUACACGUACGGGAAGCGCAUCCGACCCAUCAAGUUGUACCUGCCCACGGGCUGCAGCUGCAAGAUGUACUACUGCUACAAGUCAGGCAUCCCGCUAUGAAGGCUCACCGUUCCUCGCAUUCAAGCAAACAGUAACAGCUAGCAUGAACACUGCAUUUUCAUACGCACUGUCAGAUUGCUUGAGACAUAUGUAUUUCUGUUCAUGUUGGUCUUUACACCUACCAGUGGAUUGGGUAUAUUGUUCUUUUGUCUAAAGAAUAAAUGAGGUUAAUUAUAUAUCCUACCAAGAAAUCGAAUAAAGCGUAUUUAUUUGGGAAAA